UUGGACAUUUUGGCGUUGUUUUGUAAGAUAUUCACCAAAUGUUCCGUGUUUGUUUCCUAAGGAUUUGUAGGAUAAAGGGCAUUAAAAUACAUGCAAAGCUAUUGUUUAAUAAGAAUUUGAUUAAAUACCUAUGAAUUUUUCAAAAAAGUUAAAUCUACAGAAGAGUAAGUUGUGUAAACAUUAAUAACACCCCUAACAUUAUUGCAAAGAUGUGUGACGAGUAUGAACUGUUUGAGUUUUUGGAAAGUGAUUUCAACGAAUCCAGAAUGGCAAAUAAAAAGAAACGUUUAAGGAACAGAGAAAAUAAUGAUCCUUUUGACUUAGAUGAAAAUGCUUUCAUCAAGGAGUACAGAUUUUUCAAUAAAUUUGGUAUCCCUGGUGUGAUUGGAUGUAUUGAUUGUACCCAUGUUCGCAUAGUAAGGCCUAAUGAGCAUGAAGAUAGAUAUUUCUGUAGAAAGAAAUUCCAUUCUCUAAAUGUUCAGUUGAUUUGUGAUGCGGAUCAACAAAUUCUAAGUGUUGAUGCGAGUCAUCCAGGGUCAUUUCAUGACUCAUUUAUAUGGAGCCACCAUCCUGUAUGUUACCAUUUGGAAAAUUUAGGGUCUGAAGCAACAUGGCUUUUAGGUGACUCUGGGUACUCACAACGAAGAACGAUGAUGACACCUAUUUUGGAUGCAGAACCGUCUGGUUAUAUGUGCUACUUCCGGUGUGUCUACACCGGAAGCAUAUUAUACACAAAAGCAUGUAAAGGCUAG